GUAAACUUUGAUCGAAACAAACACCUCUCUGAUCUCUCUGUGCGCCGGAGAAAAGCGGCGCGUGUUCAGCUAGAGGCUGCGGCUGCAGCAGCAGAAGAAGAGACGCGUCGUCUGAGGGCUGAGCGUGAGGCCCGAGCACAGGAACUGGUAGCAAAGGCGGACGCGGAGGCACAGUUGGCCGCCAAGCGUGCUGAAGAGAAGGAGAAAGAAGCGAGGAAGGAGGAAUUAUUACAAGCUCUGGCCAAGCGUAUUAAGAAGGAGCGGGCAAAACGGGCUAGGGAAGAAACGACAGAACAAACGACCGGGCAUGAUAAGAAGCGACGCAAAAGAUUGCAAAUAAAGUCGGGUUCUGAGAUGCGGGUCAGCUCUCCAACGGAGGCUGGUGCGGAGCGAAUGCGUGAGAAACUGCUGGAAAAGCGGGAAUUGCAGCUGCGGGCUCGACUACUUUCGGCAAGUAGUCAAUUUACUCUUUAUCAGAAAGCAGAACGCAAAGAUGCUAAUCCUCACCUUCUCUUGCUUUAG